AUGCGACCCACCUGCCACCCGCGACUACCAUGUCGCACAAUCCUCUCCUCAACCCGGCCACACUGCCCGGCCCAGCGCACCCUACCACGCAAACAACCCACACCUCGAACCCUCAGCACAGCACUCACUCGCCGUGCAAUUCCACAAACAACCUCACCAGUCUCAAACACUCACCACACACAAAAACGCACCUUCGGCCUCCCAUCACUAUCCUCCUUCCUCCCCUCCUCCCCAAACGGCAACGGCGGCAACGACUCCUCCUCAAAGCGCGUCCUAACCGCAACCCGCACACUCCCCUACACACCAGCCCUCCUCUUCAAAGUAAUCUCCUCCGUCGAAUCCUACUCCCAAUUCCUUCCCUUCCUCAACGAAUCCACCGUCACAGCCCGCGACCCGAAAACAGGGUAUCCAACACAAGCCUUCCUCACGGUGGGCUACGGCCCGCUCAGCGAGACGUUUACGUCGCGCGUGGAUUGUGAUCCUGCUACUUGGACUGUUGAGGCGCGGAGUGGGGCGAAGUACGGUGAUGGGAAGGCUGGUGGGAGUGGGAGUGGGUUGAGUAGUUUCUUCCCUGGUGCGUCGGAGGGAAUCUUUGAGUAUCUUUCUACGAGGUGGGAGCUUGUUCCUGUGCCUGGCGCUGGUGGGGAGGGCUCGGGGUUACCGCAGACGAAGGUUAAUUUGGAGGUGCGGUUUGAGUUUCGGAAUCAGUUGCAUGCGACUGUUAUGGGGGCUGUGGAGGGGCAGAUGGCUAGUAUUAUGAUUGAGGCUUUUGAGAAGAGGAUUCGAGAGAGUCAUACGAGGGGGCAAUAG